AUGGAGCAGAUGGAGCUCCUUUCGGAGUCUGAGUCCAUGUCGGUCGACCUCCAGAUAUGUUCAGACAGCGAAAGCUUGAAGAGCUGGUCGCCGGAUGAGAGUGGGUCGGAGUCUCUUCCGGCGUCAGAUAUGCCAGAUAUUGACGUGGAUCAGGCAAAUGCGACGCCGGUCGCAAAUUUUGACACCGGCAUGGCAGGUGCCAAGCAGUGGCCUGAGAUCACGAUGAUUGCUUUAAGUCGUAUUUUGUCGCAGGCGGUCGAGCGUGUGCACAAGGCCUUCCAAGAACUUCUUCUGUGUAAGUUCACCACGCGGGCGGUCGCCAAGAGAUCGACGCUGCAGUUCAAUCUUUUGAUGGGUCGGUCGGAGCAUGUCUUUGGAGAUAUCAGGGAUGCCUUUCCGACUCUGGAAAUGCUAGGUCCUGACCGGCCGGUCGCAGAGCGGUGGGCACUGGCCAAGAGAGCAGCUGCCAACGUCCCAAGAAUAUGUCGGUGUCAUGUUGCAUGCCGGCCACCACCCGUGACGGUCGACAUCAGCGGUAGCCCAUGCCAGCCAUGGUCGAGAGCUGGACAGAAGAGGCGCUGGACCGACGGUCGGUCUGACCUUCUCCUGCUAUGGGCAGCCCUUAUGUUGAAGCACGAGCCGCCGGUCAUACUGCACGAAAACGUGUCUGGCUUUCCCACGUCGGUCCUGGAGGAUCUCAUGCAGGAAAAGUAUGUCAUUCAUCACUUGCGGGUCGAGCCACACCAUGUGGGCUUCACCUGUGUGAAUCGACCACGGGUAUAUUCCGUGCUAGUACAUCGGUCGAGAGCGUCGGUUGCCGAUAUCCCGACGGUCUACCAUUUCGCGACAAGCUUCUUCAAUUCCGUCGGUGGUGGACUGUCCAUCAGAGAUUGUUACAUAGGGUCGGUCGAGGAGACUCUAGAAGAGGAGAACUUCUGUCGCAGAGCAAAGGGUUUAGACAUGGUGCAGACGCCAAGCCGGUCGUGGGAAUGUCUGCUGACUGAGCAGCAGCAGAAAUACUUGGCAAAGUACCGUGAAACUUGGCAGCAGUGCCGGUCUGACAAAGAGCAGGAGCCGGUCUUUGAUCUCAGCCAAAACCCUGCACGUUUCCUUAAGAUGACUACAAAAGAUGGUCGCUUGCCAACUUUCCGCACGAAUACGAAAAUUUGGGUGGAUGGUUUGAGCCGAUGGCUUCUGCCGGUCGAAAUGGCAGCAGCAAUGGCAAUGAACUAUGGGGUCCUGGGGCAGCCCAACCGACAGCAGGUCGGCAACGGAAUGCAUGUGGCCAACUGUGGAGUAAUGUUGGCGGUCGCCUUGGCCUGUACGCGUUGA